GAACUGUCUUUCAAAGGAGCAGUGGAAAGGGACAGGAGACAUUAAUGAAAGCUGUUAUUAUAAGUGUCUAAAAUGGUUGUAUCAAAAUCAUGGACUUUGGUGAGACACUUUGAAGGUGCCCCUAAACUGGAGGACUUCAAACUGAUUGAGAAGGAGUUGCCACCACUUAAAGAUGGAGAGGUACUGCUGGAAUCUGAAUUUUGGAGUGUAGAUCCAUACAUGAGAGCAUACAGUAAGUCACUGAAAGAAGGUGAUGUCUUGAUGGGCUCUCAGGUUGCCAGGGUAAUAGAGAGCAAAAAUCCUGCCUUUGCUGUUGGAGAUUAUUAUGUUGCACGGUCAGGCUGGACCACACAUUUUAUAUCAGAUGGUGAAGAACUCCGUGCUUUACCAUCAAGUUGGCCUGAAUCUCUGCCAAGAUCACUAGCACUCGGAGCUGUUGGUAUGCCUGGAGUGACAGCAUACAUUGGUCUACAUCUGAUCUGCAAUCCAAAACCAGGGGAAGUUUUUCUUGUUAAUUCUGCUGCUGGUGCUGUUGGCACAAUAGUUGGCCAAAUUGCUAAGAUCAAGGUUUGUAAAGUAGUUGGAUCAGCUGGGUCAGAUGAAAAAGUAGAAUACUUAAAGGAAAUUGGCUUUGAUGAGGCUUUUAACUACAAGACUGUGAGCUCUUUGGAUGAAUCUCUGAAGAAGGCAUCUUCGGAAGGCUAUGACUGCUAUUUUGAGCAGGUUGGAGGAAAGUUUGGGGAUGCAGCUCUUCAGCAAAUGAAAGAUUUUGGAAGAAUAGCAGUUUGUGGAUGCAUCUCAAUGUACAACGAUUCCAUUCCUCCGACAGGACCCUAUGUUCACACACUUAUUCUCUUUAAACAACUGCGCAUGGAAGGGUUUCUUAUAUUCCACUAUGAGAAUAAACCCAUCUAUGAAGAAGCACAGAAGAAACUGUUGGAGUGGAUUUUAGAGGGUAAGGUGAAAUAUCAUGAACACAUCACCAAAGGUUUUGAGAACAUGCCGGCUGGAUUCAUAGGAAUGCUCAGUGGAGAAAACACUGGGAAAGCAAUAAUAAAAGCUUAAAAGAAGAAAUUAAUCAUUCAAAACUGUAUAUGGAGAAUGCCCUCCAGC